AUGCAGGCGCGGCGUCUAGCCAAGCGCUCCAGCCUGGGCAGCCGCCGGGGCAGCGCCGCGCUGCAGCCGCCCGGCCCCGCGCCCGCGCCCGCCCGGGAAGGCGCGCUGCCCGGGCUCCCGCCGCCCGCCCCGGCCCCGGCCCCGGAGAGCUGGAGGCCGCCGCUGCCGCCACCGCGCAACGCCGGGACCGACCCGCCUCGCGCCGGGGCCGCCGCCGCCGCCUCGUCUCCGGUGCUGCUGCUUCUGGGGGAGGAAGACGAGGACGAAGAGGGCGGGAGCCGGCGGCGGAGGGGGCUCGGGCGGGCGCCGGCGAAGCCCCGAGGGGGCGCGGAGGAGGAGGAUGACGACGACGAGGACGAGGACGAGGAGGUGGUCGUCGAGGUGGUGGACGGCGACGACGACGACGAGGACGGCGACGAGCGCUUCGUGGCCCUCGGCCCCGGCCGCGCGCUCCCCAAGGGCCCGGCCCGGGGCGCCUUGAAGGUGGGGAGCAUUAAGCGGGAAAUGACCUUCACAUUUCAAACAGAGGACUUAAAACGUGACUCUAGUAAAAAAAUGUCCCAUCAACACUUGUUUCCUUUGGCCAUGGAGGAAGAUGUGAAAACAGCAGACACCAAAAAAGCUAACCGAGCACUUGACCAUGAAAAAGAAAACACUCGCUCCAUCUGUCUCCUUGAGCAAAAACGAAAAGUUGUUUCAUCCAAUAUUGAUGUUCCUCCAGCAAGGAAAUCUUCGGAGGAGCUGGACAUGGACAAGGUGACAGCAGCCAUGGUACUCACCAGCUUGUCCACCAGCCCCUUGGUUCGGAGCCCUCCUGUGCGGCAGAACGAGGGCCUGAGCGGAUCCUGGAAGGAGGGGGGCGGCGUGCCUUCCAGCACCAGCAGCAGCGGCUACUGGAGCUGGAGUGCCCCCAGCGACCAGUCCAACCCGUCCACGCCGUCCCCGCCGCUGUCCGCCGACAGCUUCAAGCCCUUCCGCAGCCCUGCGCCCCCAGACGAUGGCAUCGACGAGGCGGAGGCCGGCAACCUGCUCUUUGAUGAGCCCAUCCCCAGGAAACGAAAGAACUCCAUGAAGGUGAUGUUCAAAUGCCUCUGGAAGAACUGUGGGAAGGUUCUGAGUACUGCAGUGGGUAUCCAGAAGCACAUCCGGACCAUUCAUCUCGGGCGUGUUGGGGAGUCUGACUACAGUGAUGGAGAAGAAGACUUCUACUACACUGAGAUCAAGCUCAACACAGACUCCAUGGCAGACGGUCUGAGCAGCCUGGCCCCGGUUUCGCCCUCCCAAUCCCUGGCUUCGCCUCCUACUUUUCCCAUCCCAGAUUCCAGCCGAACAGAAACUCCUUGUGCCAAAACCGAGACAAAACUGAUGACACCCUUGAGCCGCUCUGCUCCCACCACCCUCUACCUCGUGCAUACUGACCACGCUUACCAGGCCACACCCCCUGUGACCAUUCCAGGAGCAGCCAAGUUCACCCCCAAUGGCAGCAGCUUCAGCAUUUCUUGGCAGUCUCCUCCAGUCACCUUCACAGGCAUUCCAGUGUCACCAACCCACAGCCACCCAGUGGGCACAGGAGAGCAGAGACCGCACACUCACACCGUCCUGUCCUCCCCCCCAAGAGGGACGGUCAGCCUAAGGAAGCCCCGGGGAGAGGGCAAGAAGUGCCGGAAGGUGUACGGCAUGGAGAAUCGGGACAUGUGGUGCACGGCCUGUCGCUGGAAGAAGGCCUGCCAGCGUUUCACUGACUGAUGCGCGGGCCCCUAACUCGCCCCUGACACUCCUGCCCUCCUGUUCCUCCGAGGGUGUUGGAAAGUGCUUUUCCUUCCGUACCAAACCCACUUGAAGCCCAGGGAAAGCACUUCUAGGAACCUUGGUGAAAUCACAGCAAAAAAACAAAAAAGGACACCACCUUCCCUGUUCUUGCUGAGAACCCAGCUAAGAACAGCUGUAACUAUUCUUUUCCUUAAAAAGAAAAGUCAACUUUUUUUUUUUUUUUUUGCUGUAGGUCUAGGUCUGAAAACUGUGGACUUCUGUAGCAAUCGAACCAACCAAGCCCAUUUUUCCUAGAAAGGAGGCCUAUUUUGAUAAACUUUCUCGAUAAUACCAUUUCUGAGAUUUUUUUUUUUGACACUUAAGAAGCUACAAGUUAUUCCGUAGCAUUUGUAUAAAGAACAAUACCUGUUUUCAUUGUGAAGUCUUUUCCCUGUUCUCCAUCGGACUUCUGGGAGCAGUUCACAUCAUGAUCUGUUGCCAGGAAGUGGCAGCACUCUGGGUAUCUUUUCUAUGUCUUUUUUGUUUGUUUUGUUUUGUUUUGAAGAAUGGCCCCGAAUUGAACCAUGGUAGAGCUGUUAGCUUGAAGGGCCCUGGAGGGCAUAAGCCCGAAAAGAGAUUGAUAGUGGACAUCACCAGCAGAUUUCAUCCCCAGCUGAGUUCAGGACAUCCUGUGUCACUGUUGGAAAACAUCUGGGAGUCUUCCUCAGAAGCCCCACCCUGAGAGAUGGCCCCACCCACUCUCUCCUGGCUACAGUGCACUCAAGACCUGAAGUGUCGCCAUCUGGGUAAGCCUCGAAGCUUCCUUCAGUGAUGCGAUGCCAACCCCAGCUCAGAUCUGUUCAUCACUGCUCAUCUGACGGUUGUUGCCAGGUCAGAGGCUCAUCAGGCCUUCCUUCCCUCAAAAUGCCACAGCAGACUGGUUUCAGAAAAGGUAGAGAACUCAGGCCAUCCCAGCAGGUUGCUUCAGACUAUGCAGAGCACAGCCUCCGUGUGUUCAGAAAGUCAUGUGAGGUCAACAUCCAUUCUGAGUGCACUUAUAUAGGUUUUAGGCUUUAGCGCGUCUGGGAGAUGGGUUCAUGAACACUAUAAAGAUUAUAUGGGGAAAGGGAAGGUCCAAACCUUUAUUUUUCUUAUCAGAAUAUUGGAGCUAUUCAUUAAGAAUUCGCUCGGAAAGGAAUGUAUGAAACACCAAAAGGAAAUUGCGUGUUGGUAUAGGAAUCUCUCAAUUCAAUCGGACCAGGGCUUGCACUGUGUUCCAUUUAUUAGGCUUUUAGCCUGGUGUGUGUUUGUUCGUCCGUCUUGCUAGUAGUGGUGCCAGGACAGGGGUAGUUCUCAAGCCCUAUAAAUAAGCUCAUUCUCUGUCUACCCUCCUCUUGAUCGCCCUGCUCGAGUUAUUUGUCCUGUACCUAUGCAAAGACGCAAGAGCACCUUAGAGGAUGCACUGUGUUGGAACGGGGGCCUAGGAUCAGCCAUGAGGCCUAGGAUCAGCCAUAGGAAUGUUGACUGAAAUUGCACAGAGCAAAGUUUAAUAUAUUUAGAGGUUGUACAUACACUUUUUUUUAAAGAGGAGAAAGAAAUCAUCUAGUCAUAACAGAUAUCCUUGUUUUUUUUAAUACGCAAGGGGAAAAAGGAGAUUCUACAGUGUAACAAUCUGUGCACUCAUAUAUUUUGGCAAUUUUAUUUUUUAAACUCUCAUAUGACAUUUGAAGCAUUAUUCCUUGAAAGAGAGCCUAUUUUCCUCCUUAAUUUUUCUUUAAAAGCGCUUAAGAGAGCAGAGAAAGAGCUUCGUUUAAUAUCACAUUGUGAUUACCAGUCAGUAAAGGACCAGCUAUAAUGUAUGUUUUAGCACUGACGAGGUCAGCCAGGAAAGGGUUUUUUAAGUACAGAAACGUAUUUACACCCUCUAUCCCAGCCUGUCUUUUCUUCUCCCUGGUAUCCUAUUGCUUCACCCACUGGCGUCUCGGCUAGGAGGUGAUGCUCUGGCCUGAACCAGGAAGCCCUGUGCUGUGACUGGACUGCCCAGCGGCCACAGUGCCCACUGGUGAGUCCCAGAUUGGCCAGCCAUUUGAGCAGGCUCACUGUGGACUUCAGUGCUGUUGGGCGUAACCCUGGAGGAGAGGGUUUUCUCUUCAGCAAGGUUCCAUGGCCCUUGGUCCUUGGAUUAAAUCACUAA